AUGGCAUUAAAGUUUGAUGCAGCUGCGUAUAACUUUCGAAAAAAAUGCCCGUACGUCAGCAAAGACCUCCUUAGAUGGUUUCCGGGACAUAUGAAUAAAGGUCUGAAGCAAAUUCAAAGAAAGUUGAAAUCAGUAGACUGCGUUAUCGAAGUGCAUGACGCUAGGAUACCAUUUUCGGGACGAAAUCCCAUAUUCACAAGCACGAUAACAGGUGCCAAGCCUCAUAUAUUAGUUUUAAAUAAGAAAGACUUGACUAUUAACUCGUUUAUACCAAAGGUUAAGGACCAACUAGCUGCCGAAGAUGGUGUGAAUAAUGUGGUGUUUACAAAUAGUAAAGACCAAUUUUGCAGAGGUUUGAAGACUCUAAGACCAUUAAUGAUAGAUCUUAUCAAGGAUUCAAACAGAUUUAACCGCAGCGAAGAGUUAGACUACAAUGUUAUGAUAAUUGGAGUGCCAAAUGUUGGAAAAUCAUCACUUAUCAAUAUGUUACGGAGCAGAAAUACCCAUAACAGACAUGCACUGCCAGUUGGUGCAGUAGCGGGUGUAACUAGAAGUAUGCAGACUAAGAUCAGAAUAAAUAAUAAUCCUGUUAUAUUCAUGUUUGAUACACCAGGUAUUUUGGAGCCAACUGUGACUAAUGUGGAGAUGGGUCUAAAAUUAUCUCUAUGUGCAUCUCUGCAAGAUCAUCUUGUUGGUGAAGAGACCAUAGCAGAUUACCUCCUGUACUGGCUCAAUGCUCAUAAUCACUUUAAAUAUGUGGAAUUCAUGGGAUUGGAAGAACCAUGCGAUGACAUUAACAAGGUAUUAAUUGCGGGUAGUAUGAAAUUUAAUAGAAUUCGUCGAAUAAGAGACUUCGAUGGCGGGAAUCGAGACGUCCCAGACAUAAUAGAAACGGCAAGGAUUAUGAUACGUGCUUUUCGGACCGGGGAGCUGGGUAAAACUUUGUUAGACAUAGAUAUUAUAAAAAAUAAAAAGUUACACGUGGAAUAG